CCGGGAUUCCAAGGGCUCGGUUACGGAAGAAGCGCAGCGCCGGCUGGGGAGGGGGCUGGAUGCGCGCGCACCCGGGGGGAGGCCGCUGCUGCCCGGAGCAGGAGGAGGGGGAGAGCGCAGCGGGCGGCAGCGGCGCUGGCGGCGGCUCCGCCAUAGAGCAGGGGGGUCAGGGCAGCGCGCUCGCCCCGUCCCCGGUGAGCGGCGUGCGGAGGGAAGUCGCUCGGGGCGGCGGCGGCGCCGGCGCCGGCCGCGGCCGGGGGCGGUGGAAGCAGGCGGGCCGGGGCGCCGGCGGCGGCGGCGGCGUCUGUGGCCGUGGCCGGGGUCGGGGCCGUGGCCGGGGACGGGGUCGGGGACGGGGCCGGGGCCGCGGCCGUCCCCCGAGCGGCGGCGGCGGCGGCAGCGGCGGCUGCGGCAGCGGCAGCGGUGGCGGCGGCGCCCCCCGGCGGGAGCCGGUCCCUUCCCCGUCUGGGAGCGCGGGGCCGGGGCCCAGGGGACCCCGGGCCCCGGAGAGCGGGAAGAGGAUGGACUGCCCGGCCCUCCCCCCCGGAUGGAAGAAGGAGGAAGUGAUCCGAAAAUCUGGGCUCAGUGCCGGCAAGAGCGAUGUCUACUACUUCAGUCCGAGUGGUAAGAAGUUCAGAAGCAAGCCUCAGUUGGCAAGGUACCUGGGAAAUACUGUUGAUCUUAGCAGUUUUGACUUCAGAACUGGAAAGAUGAUGCCUAGUAAAUUACAGAAAAAUAAACAGAGACUACGGAAUGAUCCUCUCAAUCAAAAUAAGGGUAAACCAGACUUGAAUACAACAUUGCCAAUUAGACAGACAGCAUCUAUUUUCAAACAACCUGUAACUAAAGUCACGAACCAUCCUAGUAAUAAAGUAAAAUCGGACCCUCAACGAAUGAAUGAACAACCACGUCAGCUUUUCUGGGAGAAGAGGCUACAAGGACUUAGUGCAUCAGAUGUAACAGAACAAAUUAUAAAAUCUAUGGAACUUCCAAAAGGUCUUCAAGGGGUUGGCCCAGGUAAUAAUGAUGAGACUCUUUUAUCGGCUGUUGCCAGCGCUUUGCACACCAGCUCUGCACCAAUAACAGGGCAAAUCUCUGCUGCUGUGGAAAAAAACCCUGCUGUUUGGCUUAAUACAUCUCAACCUCUUUGCAAAGCCUUUAUUGUUACAGAUGAAGAUAUUAGAAAACAGGAAGAACGAGUACAACAGGUGCGUAAGAAAUUGGAAGAGGCACUGAUGGCAGACAUCUUGUCACGAGCUGCUGACACAGAAGAGAUGGAUAUUGAAAUGGACAGUGGAGAUGAAGCAUAAGAAUAUGAUCAGGUACUUUCAACUGACUUUCCCCAAAGCAAAUUCCUAGAAGUUGAACGUAAAUGUUUCCACUGGGUUUUGCUUAUAAGAAGAAAUGGACCCAUGCACUUAUAUAGCUUUUUAAUAGCGUUAACCAAUGCAUUUUUAGACAUAUUUUGAUGUAUAUAUCUAUUAUUCAAAAAUUGAUCUUUAUUUUGAGUCCUAGGACUUAAAAGUAGUCUUUUUAAAUAUCAAGCAGCACCCUUAAAAUAAAGCCAAGCUUUUUUAUACCAGGUUGCAAUCUGCUGGAAAAUAUUGUAUUUGUAUGAAAUACUUGCUUCCCCUACAGUUUUAGUAUGGAUGGAUCAGGAGAACUGAAAAAUUACCCAAUUAAAGAUUAUUGUGACUUCAAUGUAUAUAAAUAGAUUUUUAUACUUCUAUUGAAAGAAGACGCCUGUACAUUCUUCCAUCAUCACUGUAAAGAAAAAUAAAUGAUUAUAUUCACA